UUUAGGGGGUGUAUCCCUCGCUUUAGACACUGUUAUGGCAAUGCCAGUCGCCAGAUGUUUGUGUUACUAGCUCGUGUCUUGUCAGACUUGAGGCUGAGCAGAACGCCCGGGUAACUACGCGAGGGGUGAUUUGCUUAUCUCGACAGUCUUAUCCAAAGAAAGACGUCGCUUAUUCUCAAUCUCUCUCUCUCUCCUUAACAGCGGAGGAUUACGCGUGCUUGGUCAUCAUUUCCAAGGAGUUGGAGGAAGAAUUGUUGGUGUGUUAUUAAUCUUUCUUCUUUACCGGCCUCGACUUCUCUUCAAGGAAAUGGCCAGGCCAAUGUUUGAGAGAGGAACACGGCUGCAGAAGGACAGAGGAAACCAGAACUAAAGGACAGGAUGCAGACAACCUAAAACACAGAAAAAGACGAGUUUCUGCAAUACAAAGACAUUUUAGUUUUGUUUCCUUUCGUUAAACCGCAGUCUAUCGAGAGGAUUAAACCUACCCAAAGAGGAAUUUUGUUUAUUUUCCUGUUUUGUUGUUAUUAAAACAUUACAAACCUGGGAACAAGGAUGCAUUGUGGAUUAGCGUUGAUCCUAUUAUCUGGAAUCUUUGUCGUCGCCAGGGCUUUCAAAAAUGAUAAAUGCGGGGAUAGCAUCAGAAUCACAGCUGCCGAUUACCUCACAUCACCUGGAUAUCCCAUAUCUUACUAUCCAUCGCAGAAAUGCGCGUGGAUCAUCUCGGCUCCAGGACCUAACCAGCGAAUUCUAAUCAACUUCAACCCACAUUUCGAUCUUGAGGACAGGGAAUGCAAGUAUGACUACGUGGAGGUGCGUGAUGGGGUGGAUGAGACCGGGCAGCUGGUGGGAAAGUACUGCGGCAAGAUCGCCCCCUCACCCGUGGUCUCCAGCGGCAACCAGCUCUUCAUCAAGUUUGUGUCAGACUACGAGACACACGGAGCCGGCUUCUCGAUUCGCUACGAGAUCUUCAAAACAGGUCCGGAAUGUUCUCGGAACUUCACCUCUAACAGCGGCGUGAUCAAGUCACCAGGCUACCCAGAGAAGUAUCCCAACCAGCUGGACUGCACCUUCAUGAUCUUUGCCCCCAAGAUGUCGGAGAUCGUGCUGGAGUUUGAGAGCUUUGAGCUGGAGCCUGAUCCCAACCCUCCCGCCGGCGUCCACUGCCGCUAUGACCGCCUGGAGAUCUGGGAUGGCUUCCCUGGGGUGGGCCCAUAUAUCGGCCGCUUCUGUGGGCAGACCACUCCGGGCCGCAUCAUCUCCUACACGGGCAUCCUGGCCCUGACAAUCAACACCGACAGCGCCAUCGCCAAGGAGGGCUUCUCCGCCAAUUUUACUGUCCUGGAGCGCACCGUGCCUGAGGACUUUGACUGUUUUGAGCCUCUGGGGAUGGAGUCAGGUGAAAUCCCCCCAGAGAACAUUGUGGCCACCUCUCACUACAGUUCCAGCUGGUCAACAGAACAUUCCAGACUCAACAACGACCAGAACGCCUGGACACCAACUGAGGAUUCCACCAAGGAGUGGAUUCAGGUUGAUCUAGGCUUCCUUCGCUUCAUCACAGCUAUCGGAACACAAGGUGCCAUCUCCAAGGAGACCAUGAAGACCUAUUUUGUGCGCUCGUAUAAAGUCGAAGUGAGCUCCAACAGCGAGGACUGGAUCACAUUAAAGGAGGGCUCCAAGCAGAAAGUUUUCGUCGGGAACAGCAACCCCACGGACCUGGUGAAGGCCACGCUGCCCAAACGCACCCUCGCCCGCUACGUGCGCCUGCGGCCGCUCACCUGGGACAACGGCAUCGCCAUGCGCUUCGAGAUCUACGGCUGCAAGAUCUCAGAGUACCCGUGCAUGGGCAUGUUGGGCAUGGUGUCCGGCCUCAUCACCGACUCCCAGAUCACGGCCUCCUCCCACACGGACCGCAGCUGGGUGCCGGAGAACGCCCGCCUGCUGACCAGUCGCUCGGGCUGGAUGCUGCCGGCGCAGGCGCAGCCCUUCACCAGCGAGUGGCUGCAGGUGGACCUGGCGGAGCAGAAGCUGCUGCGCGGCCUCAUCAUCCAGGGAGGCAAGCACCGCGAGAACAAGGUCUUCAUGAAGAAGUUCCGCCUGGGCUACAGCAACGACAGCUCCGACUGGAAGAUGGUCAUGGACUCCACUGGCACCAAGCCCAAGAUUUUCGAAGGCAACAUGAACUACGACACCCCUGUGCAGAGGAUUGUGGAGCCCAUGCUGACGCGCUACGUGAGGGUGUACCCAGACAGAGCCACCCCUGCUGGGCUGGGACUGCGUCUGGAGCUCCUUGGCUGUGAGAUAGAAGCGCCGACUGUUGCCCCCACCACGCCGGCCCCCAGCACUACUCCAUCAGACGAGUGUGAUGACGAGCAGGCCAACUGCCACAGUGGAACAGCAGGAGGUACCGUCAUGCCAGAAACCACAACCGAGUUGGAGACGGUUCGGCAGGAGCAAGGUUUUACAUGGUUUGCCUGUGAUUUUGGCUUCCAUGAGCCAUCAUUUUGUCGUUGGAGUUUAGAAGACAAUGGAUUCCGGUGGCAGAUUCAAACCAGUGGCACCCCCACCCUUAACACAGGACCUAAUAUGGACCACAAAGGUGGCUCAGGGAACUUCAUCAUCCUGUCGCCGGGUGCCCACGAGACUGAGGUGGCGCGCAUCGUGAGCCCAGAGGUGGCAUCGCAGGAGUCGGACCUGUGCCUGUCCUUCUGGUACCACAUGGUGGGCUCACACAUCGGCACACUGCACAUCAAGCAACGCAAGGAGAGCCCCAAGGGCUCGGCCGACAUCCUGCUCUGGACCGUCAGUGGACACCAAGGCAACCGCUGGAGGGAGGGCCGAGUCCCAGUGCCCCAUUCUAGUAAACCAUAUCAGGUGGUCAUUGAAGCUGCAGUGGAGAGGAAGAGUUUUGGGAACAUUGCAGUGGAUGACAUCAAGAUUCUGGACAAUCUCCACAUGGUUGACUGCAGAGAUCCUGCUGUCUCCACUGAGCCCAUGCUGCCUGAGGACAACCCCAAUGAGAUCUUGGAGGACAUCACAGACUUCCCGCGCAUGGUGGAGAGCAGUGAGAUCGGAGGAGGGAACAUGCUCAAGACCCUGGACCCCAUCCUCAUCACCAUCAUCGCCAUGAGUGCCCUCGGGGUCUUCCUGGGGGCCAUAUGCGGCGUGGUCCUCUACUGCGCCUGCUCCCACGGGGGCAUGGCCGACAGGAACUUAUCCGCUCUGGAGAACUAUAACUUUGAGCUUGUGGACGGGGUAAAGCUCAAGAAAGACAAGCUCAACACACAGAACUCGUACUCAGAGGCAUGAGCGUGACCAAUGAGAGAGGAGCCCACCAUCCCCUGCUAAACAGGGCCAGGCUAAAUGGACUGCCAAGGCUCUCUCACUGGACGAGGAGGAGACUCUGGAGGUUUGCGGGGAGCCAGUCUGAGGUUGUGACUGAGCCAUGCUUUUCUCAGGAGCGGCAGUGAAAGGAACCUACCAGUAGGGGACACUGUGUACAAAAUAUGAGAAAAAAAACUACAUCAACAAAAAAUAUGUACAGAUGAUUGAGAUUAUUUUAAUUUUAUUUUAUUGAUUUUUAUGAUUAAUAUUAUUUUUUCUUGUUUUUUCCUUUUUUUUACAAUCAGAUGCUGGUGUUGAGACCAAUAUCAUGUUUAAAGUAUUUAUCUUUUUCUCUGAGAAUAAAAAGUUUAUUUUUUA